AUGUCGGAAAUUCUCCUGGUGUUGAAAAAUACAAAACAAGAAUUGGUUUGGCAAGAGUGGAAAUACAUUGAUGAAUCGACGAAACAUAGAGAAUUGUUUUUAAAAUUGAUUGAAUAUGGGCGCAAUUCCAGUGUUGAGGUUAAAGUGGUGGGCAAUGUACGAGUAAUUUUCUCAGAAGAGUUUUGCAUUGGCAAAGGAAGUGGUGCAACCCGUGUUUUUCUAGGACUGGGUAAGGAUGGUUACGGUAAAGCAGUGAAACAAAUACGUCGAGAUAGCUACAUCCAGCUUGCGCUGCACGAAAAGAAAAUUUUGAAUAAAUUCAACGCAAGAAAUUCGAAAUAUGUUGUGAAUUAUUCUUUCCUAGAGGAAGAGACUGGAACAGAAUAUGUGUAUUUGAUAUUAGACUUAUGUGAAGAGUCAUUGGAGAGUUUCGUAGAAUCUUCUACUUUACACAUACUUCAAAAAGCUCUUCCCGAAAUUCUUAGACAAAUUUUGCAAGGAUUAGCUGAUCUUCAUAGCGGCCCAAAUCCUAUUCUUCAUCGUGAUUUAAAGCCCACCAAUGUUCUUCGAGAUUCACAAGGCAAAUUUCUAAUAACUGAUUUUGGCAUUAGUCGAAUAUUGAAUAAUGAUUGUACGACGUAUGAAAGCAAGCCUAACACGGGAACUGAGUAUUGGAUUGCUCCUGAAUCAUAUUGUGAAGAUAAAGAUACAGUCGAUAAAGGACGGUACAAGAAAGAGUCUGAUGUAAUGAAUGCAGGAAUGGUAACUUAUUAUAUUGCAACAAAAGGAAAACACCCGUUUGGAACUAAACCGUAUAGACUGAUCAACAUGUUGAACGGAAAACCUGUUGGCUUGGAGGAAAUCAAGGAUGAAACAUUGAAAGACCUUCUGUCGUGGAUGUUAAAUCGACAACCAGAAGACAGACCAUCGGCUAACGUGGCGUUAAAACAUCCAUUUCUUUUGUCGGAUGACGAGAAAUUUGACUUAUUAUGUAAAGUUGGAAAUCUUCAGCAGAUUAAGAAAAAUGAUCCCCUGUGUAGUGUCGUUCAACAAUUGAAUAGUGAAUCCUCAGAUUGGAAAAGUAAAAUAGACAGUGAUGUUUAUGAUUAUUUUAGAACGGAUGUGGUGACAGGAAAAACUUUUACAUAUGAGUCUUCAUGGACAGAAUGUUUAAGACUUAUUCGAAAUAUUAACCAACAUUGGAACGAUCGACCACGGCCAAGACCACAACCAGCACCAUUUUAUAAGAUUGGCGAUCACAAGGCGUAUAUUCUCAAAAAAUUCCCCAAUCUCCCUGUUCGAGUGCAUGCUACUGUGAGGUCCAAUGAAGAAUUGAAAAACAAUCCAGAUCUCAAGAACUUUUUCAAUUUCAGUGAAAAGAAACCACAUCAAGAAUAAACAGUUUUUAAACAGUAAAAACAGUUUAAGAAAAGGCAAGUGAACAUGAAAUAUACCGUGUAAAAUAAAAUUUACUCAGAUUGGAAAAGACAAAAAAAUUUUUUGCGUAUAUCAUUAUUUUGAUUGUUGGCUUUCAUUGACAGAUCGAUUGAUUGCGACCAGCACUAAAACCAUCCAUUUUAUAAAGUUGAUGAUCCUAAAGAGUUCUUUUUGAAAUCCCAGUUCGGGUACGUGCGGCUGUCUGGUCAAAUGGCGAAUUGAAAAACAUUCCAGAACUUAAAAACUUUUUCAGUUUUUAAUGAAAGCGAACCACAAUGAAAAGUUUACUGUCAGGAAAACAAAUAAGAAAUCAACGAUACGGUAGUUAAAGGAUUUAUUUUAUAGAUGUAAAGUAGCAAAACACUUUUCACAACGUAUUUGGAUGAUGUAUAAUCACAUUUCUGCAUCUAGCUUACAUUAUUGAAUGAUAUAAUAUCUGAUUAUUUAAAUUUUAUUCUCGAUUGCUUUUGUUGAAGACGUAUGACAUUUAAAGUCAACUUUAUAAAAUGCAUAAUAAAACUCUUAUGCGAUAGUAAA